CGGGAUCCGCACCGGCACCGCCACAGGAGCGGCAGCGGCCCCGGGAGCGGCGCCGGGAGCCCCGGGCCGGGCGGAUGCAGGGCUCGGCGCGGCGCCGGCCGUUCCCGGCCGCGGCCCCGGGCUCGCCCCCGCCCGCCGGGCCGCUCUACCCGGGCAGGCACGGGGCGGUGAAGGCCGAGGACACCUUCAAGACGUCCCCGUUCCACCUGGACCUGUGGUUCUACUUCACCCUGCAGAACUGGGUGCUGGAUUUCGGGCGCCCCAUCGCCAUGAUCAUCCUCCCUCUGGAAUGGUUUCCUCUGAACAAACCCAGCGCUGGAGAUUAUUUCCACAUGGCUUACAACGUUAUCACCCCCUUCCUGCUGCUGAAGCUCAUCGAGAGGUCCCCCAAGACCCUGCCCAGGUCCAUGGUCUACGUCAGCAUCAUCACCUUCGUGAUGGGUGCCAGCAUCCACCUGGUGGGAGACUCGGUGAACCACCGGCUGAUCUUCAGCGGGUACCAGCACCACCUGUCUGUCAGGGAGAACCCCAUCAUCAGGAACCUCAAACCCGAGACCCUGAUCGACUCCUUCGAGCUGCUCUACUACUACGACGAGUAUUUGGGGCACUCCAUGUGGUACAUCCCGUUUUUCCUGAUCCUGUUCAUUUAUUUCACCGGCUGCUUCACGCCGGCGGCGGAGCAGAGCCGGAUGCCCCUGGCUGCCCUGCUCCUGGUGGGGCCCAGCAGCCUCUACUACUGGUACCUGGUGACGGAGGGCCAGAUCUUCAUCCUCUACAUCUUCACCUUCUUCGCCAUGAUGGCCCUGGUGAUGCACCAGCGGCGCAAGGGGCUGGUGCUGGACAGCAACGGGCUCUUCCUCUUCCUCUCCUUCAUCAUCACCCUGCUCCUCAUCGCCGCCUGGGUGGGCUGGCUCUGGAAUGACAAAACCCUGCGGAAGAAGUACCCCGGGGUGAUUUACAUCCCCGAGCCCUGGGCCUUCUACACCCUGCACAUGAACAACCUGCACGCGGCCAAGGGCGGUUUCUAAGCUUUUGAUAUUUCUGAGGGGGGGGAAAAAAGAAGAAAUCUAGUUUUUCUAACGUAGAUUCAUGUGUUUUGAAUAAACUGCUGAGCGAUG